CAAGUAGUCACAUCUACAAGAAGGUGAAUAAUUAUUUUCCCAAAUUUUAAGGGUGUCCCGCUGACAUCUAAAUAUUUUUUUUAUCCAUAACAAACUACUAUCGAAGUUUAGAAUUUGGAUAAUCAUUUUUUCAGAUUUAGCUGUAUUGCGGGACACCUCUAAACCUCCCGAAUCCGCCACUUCGUCCAAUUGACUUCCUCUGAACAACAAAGUACGAAAUUCUAAAAAUAUUGGAUUCAUACUAGAAAAUCAUAUAUGCGUAAAAAAAUAUGAUUUACUUGGUGUCAGUGUGUCACCCGGCAAAUUUCUUUGUUAACCAAAAAAUCAAAUUUAAAACUAACAAAUGAAUGAUAAGCUAUGAUUAUACUGAAUGAAAACUCAUAUAUAAAAAUACAAUAUAUGUAAAGCUCCUCAGGUAAUAACCAUCCUAACGAUAUGCAAUUACGAAAUAUCGAAUUUAAAGCAAUGAUUGAAAUAAUAUACUGAAGAUUGUAUCAGAAUAAUCUACUUUAGAAUAUUUUAUACAAAAAUCGUGGUUCAACCGUUAAAUACGAUUACACUAAUUUAUCCUUCCAUAAGAAAUUUCUGGUGGGACAGCCGAUACAGUAGAAUUUUUCAAUCCUUGAAUUUUUUUUUGGUCGAUUUCAAUCCUUGAUUUUAAGUACUAACUACUAACGCACUCAUCCACACAUUAAAAUUGGACAAUCAGAAACCUUCUAAAAUGAACGAGCGGUUGGAUUUAUUUUGUUCACCCCCUAUGCAUCCAAUAGCACCAUACCCACCGAGCCCACAAAGCGUACAAGCCUAUCCCAUAAUAUUGAAGCCCAAAACUGUAGGCCCAUUAACAAAAAAUAAAAAGCCCUACUCUCGAAUCCCAAAUCCGAAUCGGCCGAAACGCAACAAGAGCCACAGCCACAGCCAGGCAACACGACUUAAUCGCCUUUGCCUCCUUCCUUCGUCCUUGGGCUCCUCUCUCUAUACAAAAAGAAAAAAUAAAAGCGAUAAAUUAACAAGCAAAUAAAACCUUCUUCGUCCACCACCAUCGAAAAGAAUAUAAACGCCGAGCUGCUCCUGCCUCCAAUCCAAAUUUUCCCCAAUCGAGCCAAAAACCCUAAUUCCCCUUAAAUCGCAGAACCAAAAAACAGACUACCAAAAUAAAAUUGUAAGGAGGAGGAAAAAAAUGAAGUUAUUAAGGAACCAACGACAUGGCUAAGGAGCGCGACGCACCAACAACCGCGACAUCUUCUUGGGGGACGUUGGAGGAGCUGCUGCUGGCCUGCGCCGUGAACCGCCACGGGACGAAGAGCUGGGACUCCGUAGCCGUAGAAGUCCAGAACCGGACUUCCAGUCUCUCCUCCCUCACUUCGCAGCAGUGCAGGGACAAGUUCAAUGACCUCCGGCGACGGUUCAUGCCUCCGAGGAGGGAGGAACCGCCGCCGGCCGCGGCGGCGGUCAGUUUGGUUCCUAUGGUGGACGAGCUCCGGCGGCUCCGCGUCGAGGAGCUCCGACGUGAGGUCCAGCGGCGGGACGUCUCGAUCGAGUCUCUGGAAUUGAAGGUGAAGAGAUUGGAGGAGGAGAGGGGGAGGGGCGCGAAGGAGGAGGCAGAUCUAGGGAAGGGAGACGGUCGGCCUACGUCGGCCGCGAAAUCCGCCGGCGGCUGCUACGAUUCCGGGGAGGAUCGGUCGUUCAACGAGUCUAAUUCCACGAGCCAGCAACAGAAAGCCGGGAACGCAGCGGCGAAGGAGCGGAGCGAGGAGGAGGAGGAGGGAGAAGGGGACACGAAACCCGAACCGGCCACGAAGUCCGAAUCGGAUCCGGUUCACUCCUACCCGUCCGCUGAGGAGCGGAUUUGCUCCUACGACGUCAAAUCGGAGGAAGGCGGAGGGAAUCGGGAGGAGAAAUCGCCCAGUGAGACGAAGCCUAGACCGAGUCAGACCCCGCUCGUCGGCGAGUCGAACGAAUUGGGCGAGUCGGUGGGGGAGUCGAAGCGGGAGGAGAAAGAGAAGGAGAAACAGAACAGUGACGUGCAGAGCUCGGUGAGCCUGACGCUGAGGAAGAAGAAACGGCGUCGUAGGGGCGGAGUAAAUGGCGAUGUUGGCGGCGGCGGUGGAGUCUCCGCCGUCACCAGCAGCGGCGAAGAACCCGAGGGUGGCGACGAGGUAUCUCCCGCCAGGAAGCGGAUCGCCGCUGUGAAAUCCGAACCGUUGGUUAGAAUCCUCGAGAUCAUCCGGUCCCAUAGGCUCGGUUCUGUUUUCGAACGACGGCUCCGAAGCCAGGAAUCGGAGAGGUACAAGAGCUUGAUCCGGCAGCACAUCGACCUCCGGACGGUGCAGCUCCGGCUCGACAAAGGUGUAUACCUCAGCUGCAUCCCCAAGUUCUACAGAGACCUCCUCCUCCUCUUCAACAACGCCAUCCUCUUCUUCCGGGAGAGCUCGCCGGAGAAUCAUGCCGCCCGGGAGCUCCGAGGUCUCGUCCUCAAGAACAUGAAGGACAAGCUGCGUAAACCUGCUCCGCCGCCUCCUUCUAAACCUCAACCCCAAUCCAAACCUGCUCCGCCGCCGCAGGAGCCUGAGCCUCUUGCUCCAUCCACAACCACGACCAAGAACUUAAAGACUACUACUACUACUACUGACCCAGCUCCAGCUCCAAAGCGGCAGAAACAGUCCGAGAAGGCCGAGGCAAAGCCGGAGAAGUCUACCUCUACUCUGGUCUCCUGCGGUAACAAGCGGAGCUCGUCGUUGAAGGGAGGAACGUCGGAGAAGGAGAAGCCUGCUUCGAAGAAAGUGGUUACCACUACUUCCAACAAGCAGAAACAGAAAGAAACAGAGGAAGUUAAGCCGAAGCAGAAUUCGAAAAAGGGUGAGGCUUCCGUGGCGCCCAAGGUUGUUGAAGAAGAGAAGCCAAUUAAGACCCCUAAGGUUGUUGGAGAAGAGAAGCCAACUAAGAAGUCUACGACAGCGACGAAGGAGGCCAAGGAGAGGCCUGCUGCCGCGGCGGCAGCGACGACAACGACGAAGACGAAGGGACGGAGGAAUGCUAGAUCGGGGGCCAGCAAGAAUGGAGAGGUUAACAGUAAUAAGCACAAGUACGGCGGGAACGAGCCGAGCUCUCACGACGCCACGGAUUCGAAAGCGGAGAGGAGCAAUAAUAAUAAUAACAAAGAGGAGAAUAAUAGCACUACUAGCGUGAGGAAGAGGCAAGGCGCGGCGAGCUUCCUGAAGAGGAUGAAGCAGAACAGCGACGCGACGGAGGAGAAUCAUGACGAUGAGGGUGGUGGCGACGAGGCAUCAUCGUCGUCAUCCUCUUCCUCCGAAGAGGAGGAGGUGGCGGAGGAGAAGGAGAAAGAGAAGAGGAGGGAGGUUAAUAAUGCAGGGAAGGAGAAGGGUAGCAAUACAAAGGCGGGAAGUCGAGGUGGUCGGGGUGGUACUAGAGAUGUGACGAGGGAGAGACCGCCGAUCACGAGGAGUUCGAGGGGCAGAGGAGGGAGGGAGGAGAGCGGGAAAGGGAGGAGAGGCGGCGGAAGAGGAGGGAGGAGCGGCGGCGGUGGCGGUACUCCGGCGGCGGCGGAGGGCGGGAAGAGAGGGAGAGAUCAGGAUGGUGAAGGGGGUGGAAGUGGAGGGAGGGCUAGGAAGAGGGCAAAGAGAUAGAUGAUUUGUUUUUUUUUUUAAUUAUUUUGAUUGGAUUUUUGUUGUAAAAUGUAAAUUAGCAUGGGAAUUUCCAAAGGUUUUCUGACAACUUGUUUUUUUUUUUGGUGGUUUUUAUAUAUUUGUUCUCUUAUGGUUAGGUUAUUUCACUUUUGGUUUUGGAAGGUUUAAUUUAGGUAGGGAAUGGGUAGGCCGUAGGCGAAGUGUAGGGAUAGAGAAAGAAAGAAAGAAUGAAGAUGAGGGAUUUUGUGUUUGUGGAUGAGGAACUUGUAGAAAAGGAGUGCUCUUUCUUCUUUGAUGAGGAACUAGCACAAUACUACUGAUACAAGAGAACCAUUUCUUGGGUAUGACUUGGAAUUCCUUGAUAAGAACCAUUUUUCAGAAAUCAUUUUGGAAUCAUUAUUUAUUCGAAUAUGCCAAUAUGGGUAAAGUUGAGGUAAAGUUGAAUUGAAUUAAUUUUUUAUGUAUAAUUAAAUUACUAUGAUGAAUUAGUUCAAUAGUUUCUUACAAAAAAUUCUUUCAAAUUCUAUAUGUACGAGAAUUACCACGUAUGAUUUAUCAUUUCAGAGAAUGAAUAAGUUCAACGGUA